GGAGGAAAAAAGAUACUGUAUUUUACCCACAAAACAGCCCAAAAACAAACGGAUGUGCAUCAGAAAACGAAACGGCUACCGCCCUCCAGAUCAUUUUAAUGCCAAGAUUUGUCAAAAGGGAAGUAGGAGAUUUUGGCCAUAGCAGACUCAGCAGUGCCUUUAGUUCCCUACGUAGUCACAAACCCCUCAACAGAAGAUCUAGCAGAGCUUAGUUGACAAUCCAGAGAUAUUUAUCUACCCCACCAAACCUGCAGCCAUGAGAGGUCCGCGGCCUGCGGGGGGAUGACAUGCAUGUGUCCAGGCAUUUAACAUCAUUGAGGAUUUUAAGACUAGUAGGCUGCCCUCCGCCAAGCCAUGAUGGACAUUCUGUACACAGGCCCUGUCCCGGCAGACCGCGAGUCUCCGAUGACGCGGAGCGAGACGUCCCCCAGCCGUGCCCAGCAUCCCUCCCCUACACAGAAACCCAACACCUGCUGCUUCUGCUGGUGCUGCUGCUGUAGCUGCUCAUGUCUCACUGUUAGGAGUGAAGAUGACAAGCGCGGGCGGAGGAAAGCCCAGGAGACAAAGCUGGAGUCCUUUCCAUGUGAACCUUGCCCCAAACCGACAAUAGAGGAGAUUAAACAGUGGGCGCAGUCUUUCGAUAAGCUGAUGAAGAACCCAGCAGGGCGAAACAAGUUCCGUGAGUUCCUGAGGACUGAGUACAGCGAGGAGAACAUGCUCUUCUGGCUGGCCUGCGAGGACCUGAAGAAGGAGAUCAACAAGAGUGCCAUCGAGGAGAAGGCGCGUUUGAUCUACGAAGACUACAUCUCCAUACUCUCACCCAAAGAGGUGAGUCUGGACUCUCGGGUGAGGGAAGUGAUCAACAGGAGGAUGCAAGAACCCACCCCUCACAUAUUUGAGGAUGCACAGCUGCAGAUCUACACCCUCAUGCACAGAGACUCCUACCCACGAUUCCUCAACUCCUCUGUCUACAGAUCACUGGUGCAGGGGGGGUCACGUUCUUCGUCUGAGUCAUAGACCCCCACCUCCGCCCUCUUUUUUCACUCACUCUCGCCACCCGAUUUCUCUCCAUUUCCCUCCAUCUCUCUCCAUUGCACAACCACUCAAGGAGAAAGUACUCCUUUUUUUGUGUCGUCAUGGUUGGAUUACCAUUUUUUUUUGCCUUACUCCAUUUUCCUCUGUCAUUUUUGAGGGAAUCCCUCAUUUUUUUUAGUGUUUCUCCUGAACCUGCACAGACUGAAACUGGAAGACACAGGGUUGAAAAUGCAGUUUUCAUUUUUCGAAUCCUCUUUUUUUCCCAUCAUUCCAAGCGUAUGUGGCAGCAGCAGUAUCAACUACUGAUUUUCACAGCCAUCUUUCUCUUUUUUUCACGCAAACACGCUUUGCUACUUUAAUCUCCUGACGUCUCUAGCCGAAGACAGCUGAGAGGGCCUCUGCAAUAACAUACACUGGAGUGGCCUGACCAAUCUGCUCCUCUCUCCUGACCCUUGACCUGUCCACUGUCUCUGUGCUCUGAUUGGCUCUUUGAGGCGAGGGGUCGAGAGCCGAUUAGCUGCAUCGUAAAUGAAAAUGGCACUUUCUCAAAGUGCUAAACAAAUAGGCAAAAAACUCUAUUUUCAAUAAAAAAUCAAUUUCCAGGCCCACAUAGAAUUUUCCAGAUUUUCUGCACUGAUUUUGAGGGAAAAUCUGUGGAAUGGAUUUACAUACGGUAGAAUGAGAGUACUAAACUAAUACUGGUAGCUGAAAGCAGUAUCAAAUUAGCCAAAAUAUUUACUAGACAUGAAGGCAGGGGGACGUAGAAUUUCGUUAAAGAGGUCAUAACUAUUUUGUUUGAGAUUUCUGUGUGUACAGAUUUCGUGUGGGCCUGUUGAUUUCAAGUAACAGUUAUCAGUAAAAAAAGAGAGGAGGAUUGCCAAUUUUAGAGAUAUUAAAUGAAUCAAACAUGAAAACAUGAAACAUGAAAUGAGAGAAUGCCAUGGUCUUAAUUAGACUGGUCACUCACAUUUUAAAAUGUGUAUUUUAAUGUUAUUUAUUUUUUAUUUUGUUAAACUGUGACCGGAUUUGUUUUUCUUGUACAUAUAUUAAAGAAAAUCUGGAACAUAUGCGACAUACCGAGCAAGCUGUUAGUCCUGAGUGCUCAAUUGCGCUGUAUCUCUCUCUGGCCUCACUGUGUGUGUGUGUGUGUGUGUGUGUGUGUGUGUGUGUGUGUGUGUGUGUGUGUGUGUGUGUGUGUGUGUGUGUCUGUUUCUGAGUUUAUCUCUCUGGCACCUCCUAUAGGCAGUUUCAGGUACUGCAGUUUUGCAAAGCUGUUUCUCAGUGUUCUCGCCUUUUAUUUAGGCAAAAGCAGAUUAGUCAUCAUGAAAUUGAAAUUAACUUUAUCGGUCAGUGCGCGUUAUACACAUAUUCUGUCUUUGCAAAUGUAAAAACUCGCUCUGCCUCUAAAAAUAAUAAUCGCAGUUAUUCAAUCCUGGUUUAUGUUGUUGUAAUAAAUGUUACAGCAAUAAUAGCAGAUAAUGAUACAUUUGAAUUUAAGUACGUCACGUCAUAUCAGUGUUUUUUUCUGUCGGUUUUUCACACAACAUACAUGUUUCAAGGAGAAUAUCACAGCAUUAACAAAUAAGAAAACCAUUGCACAGGUUUUAUAGUAUUGUACAUGAAACUUAAAAAAAACUAAAAACUAAUCCAGUACAUUUCAUUUAUUCGUGUUUAAUGCUCAGUGUUACACCUCCGCUUAAACUCAUUUUCUUUACAGAUGUCGCUUGAUAUUUAAAACAUAAUAGGAGUAUUGGAGAACCAGUUGGACUGAUGUGAACACUGUGAGCUGUGCUACCGCUUGAAACCUAUGUAUCACAAAACCUUUCAUAAUGUGAAUCUGAAAAGAACUAGUACUGUGCGAGCGGGUCCACAAUAAUCGAGAAAUUCUGUUAUAGUCGUUUUAUAUGACUGCUGAUGUAAAAAAAAUAAAUAUAUAUAUAUAUAUAUAUAUAUAUAUAUAUAUAGUUUUUUUUUUCGGUUCAUUUUAGAUCAUUUCACAUUGAAAUGAAUUAAAACAUCCACAUCCGCUUUGUACUUCCUGGCACUUUCAGGAAUCGGUUCUUAUAUACGUACAGCAAAUAAAUGUAUAAUGAAUUAAGGACUCUAAAAGUCAGAUUUUGAGAGUCACGUCAAUUUAGAGGAACUUCAUGUACUGUAGUACUAAAAAAAAAAAAAAAAAAAAAAAACAACUGAUGCCUUUAUUUUGCUUUUUCCCCUUGUGCAUGAAGAUGUACAUUUUGGAACAUGUGUGUAAAAUAGUUGUGUAUAUGGUUAUAUAUGUACAUGAACAUAUAUUUAGUAUUGCUCUUAUUGUCUGAAAUGAUGUGACCAGUCUAACUUAAGCCAGAUGUAUGCGUGUCUGUGUGUGCGUGCGAGUGUGUGAUAGAAGUUAAGUGAACUUUCUCAAAACAAUGGGAGAGAGAUGUCAAUGUCAUUGCGGCCUUUGACAGUGAACACUCGAUUACACAGGGAUACGCACAGUUACACACCGUCCCGCUCUUUAAAGACACACUUAAAAGAGGGAAGCUUGCUGGUGGACCUCUCACCAUUUCACAUGCACUUUGCGUUCACACUGAAAGCGAAUAAGAGGACACUGUACUGUACUGUACUGUACUGUAUCAGCUGAUCACAUGAGCUCCCCUGUCUUCGUUGAACUCCACUCAGAUGCCGCUCACGUCGCCUCAAAUCGUCAGUUUACUUUGAAAGUGACUUCAGUUCGCUUUUUAUAAAUCGCCGUCAGUGUGAACACUCUGCGAUCAAAGCAAUGCAACAGAUUUAAACAAUCAAAUAAAAGUUUUAAAUAAUCAAUCUCACUGCUGAAAAAUGAGAAUUUGAACUAUUAAAUAUUAACAUUAAAAUUUGAUCUUUUUUUUCUAGUUUAUUUUUAAAAAAUAACAUUUAAAUGCACAAUAAUAAUAAUUAUUAUUGUUUUUUAAUAAAUAUGUAUUGUUAAUAAAUAUGUAUGCCUCCAGUCUGGGAUGCACUGAUAUUAAAUUCUGGCCCAAAACUAAUAAGCUGAUAAAUCUCAUUUGCCCAAUUCUACAAUUUUCUGUACAAAUAUAUUUAAUUUAAAUUAAAACACUAAAUAAUAAAAGCGGUAAUUGAAAUGCUUUAAAUUUUAGUGUUUUCAAAAUGGAUAUUCAUUCAUUAUGUGCUAUAAAGAUGACAUUUUAUUGUUUCUUUGCAAAUCAUUAUAGAUUAUUAGUAUUUCUAAAGAUCAAAUUCAAGUGGGUUUUAGGUAAUGGCAAAGAAAGUCUACACAGAAAUGUUAAGGCUGAAUUUAAGACUUAUUUAUUUGAAUUGCAUUUUCAAUAUCCAUAGAUUUGGACAUAUAUGUAACUAAAUCUUAAUGCGAUGCAUAUUGAAUAAUCCUACAUAAUACAGAUAAAAGAUAGAUAGAUAUAUAUUCAUGCCAUUGUUUAUUAUUAAAUAUUGGUUAUACUUCUGUUUGUAAUCUAUUUACAAAAUAAUUUAUUAAAACUGUUCAAAUCUGUUUAUUGUUAAAUAAUAAUAAAAAAAAAACUUUAGUUGAACAAGCAACAUUCAGUUAAAAUUCUAAAAUAAAUUGGAUUUACUGAUGGUAGACGUAUAACCUUUUACAGAAAUAUUUUAUUAUAUAUUACAAAUAAUAUAUAUGUAUAUAUAUAUUACCUGUUUCAUUUACGCGUGAUAAACAAAUAUGCAUCACAUUAAGUUUGUUAGUUUAGUUACAAAUUGUGUGAUCCAAAUGAAUGAAAACGAUACAUGCAAUUCAGAUUCUUUUGUUCCAAAAUAAGCAGCACAAUGAAAUAUGUAUUCUCUAAUAUUGACAUCACAACCCGCGCUUGCAGUGCAGCCGGCUUAAUAAUAUUUAAUAAUAGGAGUGCUCUACUUUGUUGCAUCGCUCGCCAAACAAUCGUCCUCAUCCUCUUUCAACAGCCGCACAGAACAGACAGACUUUGAUCGGAGACGGGGACUGUGACCUAGAGCUGCUUAUGUUUACAUAGAUUUCUUUAAGGUGCCAAAAUGAACCUAGCCUUCUAACAGUCUCAAACUAAGGAGCUUUGUGAGUCUGUCGAUGCCCGAUGUGUUUUCGCUGUGUUUUGGUUUCGGCGCGUCGAGGGCUCACUUGGCACGCUUCAGCCACCUCGCCCGCCUUCCCUCACUCUUUCUUGCGUUCUCCCCGGUCGCUCUGUGAGAUUUUUCUCUUUUUGUCGUGAACCCUCACGAGAUUUUCAGCGCCAUGACAUGCAGCAGUGAGACCCGGUCCCUGACUCACGGACUUCUGUGGACACUUAUUUAUUGACAUUAGCAUUAUAUUUUGUAUUAAAAUAAAUCAAGUUACGUUUUAAAGAGUAUGUUUAUGGAUUUCUGGACCAAUUUGUUUAGUUUGUUUCCUGAAGUCUGUGACCAUUACUCACCCUCGGGCGCCGUAGCAGGACGCCCUCUUCAGGUUGCGGUUGGGACUUGAGGUCCCUUUUUAACCCAGGCCAGCUCAUUGCCGGAGAUGAUUUCAUCAAGAACUCGUCUGUAAUAUUCCAUAACCUUUGACUUGGUUGCAGAUUUUUUUGAAUGUUUUUUAAAGAGAAGAUAUGACUAUAAAUGAUGACGAUAAUAAUAAUAAUAAAGAUGUUUGUGUUAUUAUUCA